AAAAAUGUAACGCAUACAACUAUAUGUAUAUGCAUGUUUCAACUGUUUUAUCAUACUGUAAAUGUGUAAUGUAAAAGUACUUAAUUGUACCGGUAGAUGGUAGCUUCGACAAAAAUAAUACAAUCGAUUUAAGUUACUCAAUUAACCUCUAUAUAAUUGAAAUCUAUACAACAGGUUAUAUACAGUUGAUACUAUGCCGGAGUUUAUAAGCAGACCUAAUAUCGUUUAAUUACAAAAGUAUAGUGAAUAAAUUAUUUAAUGCUCAGCACGUGCAACGUGAAAAUAUAACUCAUAAAAUCUUAUCAAUGAAUAUUUAUAAGUCGUUGUAUUCAAUGGCACAAAGAAAUUAUGGAAGAAGCAGAAAUAGUGGAGCACUUUUACGGAGUAUAUUUAUUAUAUUGUUUGAAUCCAAAGUACAAAGGCAGAACUUAUAUAGGUUAUACCGUAGAUCCACGACGUAGAAUUAAACAACAUAAUGCCGGUAAAAAAUAUGGCGGUGCAUGGAAAACUAGCAAAAGAGGUCCAUGGAGCAUGGUGUUAAUUAUUCACGGCUUUCCUAACAGUACUUCUGCAUUGAGAUUCGAAUGGGCAUGGCAGCAUCCUCACGUAAGUCGACGUUUAAGGCAUGUAUCGAAAAAAAAAUCAACCCAAAAAACUAUAGAAUUUUAUUUGAUGGUUCUUUCGGAAAUGCUCAAAGUUGGACCCUGGUGUCGUUUACCUUUAACAAUUCGUUGGUUGGACAAUGACUUCGCUCAAACUUAUUCCACAUCCUUUUCACCGCCUUUACAUAUGCCGAUAUGUUACGGGAAAGUCAUACCGCGAAAGGUCACUAAGAGAAGUCCAAGAAAAGAGAAGGCCAUCGAAUCACAGAUGGAAGAAGAUUAUAUUCCUGUACUCCUUUGCUCGAUUUGCGGAUUAAUAAGCGAAAAAAACGAAUCCGUUAUGUGUAUAAAACCGAGUUGUCGACUGAUAGCACAUUUAAUUUGUUUGGCACAACAUUUUUGUAAGGACGACCAAAUCUUACCGAUCGAGGGUACAUGUCCUUCCUGUAAUACCAACGUCCUUUGGGGUGAUUUGAUAAGAAAGAUGAUAGGUUGUUAUCAAGACUUGCAAAGUGAUGUUGAUAACUCUCCACUUAUAAUCAGUAGCGAUGAAGAUAUCGUAGAUUAAUUAUUAAUUAAUUGUUAGAUCUAUGGAUUUACAUUUUAUGCAACACAAUCAUGUUUUA